AUGGAGCCGCAGGACCAACCGUACCAUCAGAGCCUUGCUCAGUCACAGGCGGGCGGCGGUGGGGUAUCUGUCCGCAGCAGAUCGUCCAGCGUCGUCUCGACCAGGACAGGAGUGACCAUCACCACCCUACAGGAAGACACAAGGAGCAUCCGCAGCAUGGAGCUCGUCGUGGGAGGCCGCAUCUUCAGGAUCAACCGGGACGGCUCCAGGAUAACGGAGCAUUCAGGCCUGCCGCCGUACACUGCUGCGCCCCCCGAGUACUCCAGCCUGGACACGAACCUGGCUACGGGGAGCAACAACGAGCUGCCGGCCCCUAAUAUCCCGGACUACCAGACCAUAGCAUGGCCGCUCAACGAGCGUGACUACCACCCUUUGAUGAGGCAGCGUGUUCCAUCCGUCAGCCUGACACAGGAUAGAUCUGAAGAGCAUGCUGGUGCUGGCACUGACGCUCCCGGACCACAGGACAACGAUCUACUUACGGCCGAGCUGCCGGAGACGCCAGUUGAGCGCGAGAGAAGAGGGUCAGCAUCGGGAUCGAGUUCAGGACUUGUUUCUCGAGCUCACUCGUUCGUCCCAGGGCCUGAGAAGAUCACCGUGGUAGCCAAACGACGCUCAGUAUCAGAAAGCAAUAUCCAGGCCAACCUCCGUCCAAACGCCCAUCAUACCAAUGCCAACAACACCAACCAUAACAUCCACAGACACAACCACAACUUCCUACGACGCCGGAAUGGAAUCCGUCUCCCCCAGCUAGACACAGGCAUGUCCUUUGAGUCUCUACGCAACGCCUUCUCCAUCAACCCACCCCCUGCAUCCAGCCCUCGCAUGACCCAUUCCGCUGGCCCCAGCAUAGGAAGAUCCAGCGACAUCUUCCACCCUUCUCCGACCUACAACAACAAUAGUAACAACAACACUACGAGUACGGCCGACCACUGGCAGUCCCAUUCCACCGUCUCCCGCGGCCGCUCACCUCCCACUACACCCCGAGCAACCCGCAGCCCCAUGCUGGCCGUCCCCCAGGGCCCUCCCACCGUCGAAGAAGGCUAUGCUGACACAGACGAGCCGCCAGCCAUGGACACCGAGAACGAAAUCAGCAUCCACUUCUCCCGCAUGAUACGCAGCAUUGACCGUGAACACCGGCGUGUGCUGCAUCAGAAGUGUCGUGAGCUAGCCGAAUUGCGCGAGCGCCUGAAUGAAGUCGACCAGGUCUACCGCAAGGAGCUGAGGUCGCGCGACUUCAUCAUCGACGAGCUCCGACAUACGAUCAACUUGCUGGAGUUCCAGACGGAGGCGAAGAUAGAGCGGGCCCGGAACGAGGUCGAGGAUAUCUGGGAGCAGCGCUGGAAGGACCAGGAGAAGCUCUUGCUGGAUAUGCAGCGGAGGUUAGGGCCGGCUAUGGCAUUCUACAUACAACAUCUGCACCAUCUGCUAGCUAGCGUUUUCAUAUUAUUAACACAUCCAGCGACGGAGUUGUUGGGACAAGAGCAGAUAUCUACUAGCUGGUCUAUGUAUCUCGGCUUCAAUGUAUUCUUUUCAUUCUUCUCUUCACUUCUUCUUCUUCUUCUUCAUCCUGUCUGUCCAUCUCGCAAGGUGGUAGAAGUUGCAUCACUGUGCAUCCCCAUCCUCGACCUCUGCUCAAUCAGCAUAUCCCCAUGUUCAGACAUGAAUAUCUCAAUGCGCCAUGCAAGAAACCCGUCGCUCGAGCCAGAUCCAUGCAUGCACGGAGGGAGCUGCUGGCCCCUUUUCUCGCUUCCUUCCCUGCUGCUAAUCCCAGGAUUCACACAGCUAUUGGCCCUCCUCCGUGUCUCAGGCCAGCGAACAGAGAAGAAGGAAAAAGAACAUCCGGGCGGGACGGUGUUUAUAUUUAACAACCUGCUAAAAAGCCCUGCAGAUAAACACCCGGGCAAGAUAUGCAGAUUCCCCCCCGCCGCCAGCACAGCCAGAUACCACCGCCUGCCACCGACCUCAUCGGAUAAUAAGAAGAAGAAGAAGAAAAAGAAGAAGAAGAGAAGGACGAAGAGAAGAGACGGCGUUGCGUUGUGCGUCGAUACAGCGACCUGCCGGCUGCUCAUGGUUGCAGAGCCGUCACCCCAAGGGACAGUCGCUGUCUGCUCGAACAACUCAUAA